AAACACUCGUGGAGGGAAAAAUCCCAGUAAAAGCGUUAAUAGAUACUGUACGUCGUCAAAGUUUAAUACCAUUAGCAAGAGCUUGUUCGAUAAGCUUAAAUCAGGUCAUGGGAUACGCCCCACCUGUGAUCCCGUUAAAAAACUCUAUGAAGAUGCGAUAGGUGAAAUAAAUUGCUUAGAUUUACAAUUUCGCCAUAAAGGAAAAUGGCAAAGUUUGGAUGGUACUGAUGCAAUAGACUUCGAAAUUCGCAAGAAUCCAACAUUCGAUCUGGUAUUGGGUCAAGGGUGGUUGUGGGUACAUGAAGUAAAGAUGAGCUUUAAAUUUUCCCAUAGAGAAAAUUUUGACCCUCUUGCUAAAAUUGAGAUAAAUGGUAUGAGCACUCCAUUAAUUAAUAAAGAUAGCAGACCCACAGGCGACUCUUCGAAUCAUAAAGUCAGUUUCACUAGAAAUAACUUAUCUAAAUCAACAGAAGCUAAACCUGGUCUAGCUCAAGAGGAGCAACGAAUAUUUCACAACAUACCUCCUGUACCUCCAUCAUCCAGAAAAUUAAAUGAUGAUGUUUCCAAAAAUAGUGGAGCUAGCAAGAUUAAGAAAUAUCCUAAAGUAGAUUUAGAUGAUGGAUGUGGAAAGCUUUCAAUCAAAACGCACCUCAAUAAUAUUUGGAAGUCGGUUCAUUCUAUAGAAAAUAAUAUAGAAUAUGGAAUUUUUGAAAAGCUUCGUAUUAUUGAGUAUGAGUUAAGUUGUAUAAAUAAAGCAAAGCUACCAUGGAUAAAAUCUGAGACAGAGACUAAUUCAUUCAGAAUCCAACAAGUUCAGACUGGUAUAAUCUGA